CAUCAUAGUUCCAUAGCGAAGCAGCGGAAAAUAAAUCGUCUAUUUUAAGAUAUGUACCGAUUCGUUAGUCAUCGAACACAGAAUAUUCGAGGAACAUCACGAUCCGUUCAUUAUCGUGAAUUUUGGAUACAUGCGCAUAAAUAAGUCAUCGAUCAUCGCAUACGAUGAUUUUGAAAAAAAGGUAAAUUAUCCCUCUAACUGAACAACCGCCAACGGAAGACUGGAAUAAUAAAUUUAUAGUGAUCGAGUGAGCACAGAAUCUUAGAUUUGUAUUUACAAUGGCUGUUCUUUUAUCGUACCAUCGCCUCAUCGAAAAAGAUUCCCGUCAUGUCAACUAUUGCUGGAAAAUGUCUACACUUGUGGUGUUAUUCGUUGCGAUCUCAUCCGGAUUGGUAAUCAGUUUCAGUAUAUACUCACUAGGGGAAAAUUUUAAACAAAAUUGCUUUCUUGACGCCAAUAUAAGUUUUGUUGAAAGUCACUACAGAAGCAGAUCGCCUAUACUGAGAGAGCCAUCAAACUCUUCAAAGGAGAGUCAAAUAUUAUACAAACUGCAACAAAAUGGACCAGAAAACGUAAAAUAUGUGAUCGAUGAACCAGACAGCAGAUGGGGCAAUUCGGAAUUAUGUGAAUAUGUGAUAUUCACUCCGCUGUUCCAUGCACUGUUCGGAGUGAUAUGGUUAGCGAUAUUUACAAUGCACGGACAUGGAGGUGGCAGUUUAGGGAGUGUCAUUGAUAGACCCUGGAGAAUUGUGUUCCCCUCCCUCAUAUACUUCAUUGUAUUUGGUAUCUCGGCGAUUAUAUGUACCAUUUGUGUUAGCGAUGGAAUGAACGAAUUUUGUGAUCAGUUUAGAAAAAUCAACGUUCCAGGGGAAAUUAGCUGUGCAAGAAUGAUAACAUAUUUUUCCCUGCAUCAGUACAACGACUUGGUUUCACCGGAUAAAAAUUAUUUUCUUGUUAUUGUGUUCCCGUGGAUUUGGAUGACAACAUACAUAUGUGGGGCUCUGAUCAUGAUCUUACGCAUCAUACUGGUAACUGACUUUCAGCUCAUCAGAGUGGCGAUAUCUAUUGUGGAAAAAGACCAAAAAUCGAAAAACGACAAAGGCAGUACAGAUGAGGAAGAUUCUACAACCAUUGAACAUGACGAAUAAAUUGUCAUAUGCAUCAAUCAAUAAACAAACCGAUCAAUUUACAGAAAUACUUUUUCGAUCUUCUGAACAUCUUUGUAUUUUGUUGCUUCAUUUAAAUCGUUGUAGCAGAUGUACCGUUUUGUCUCAUAUUCCAAACAGUCUCAAAUUCCAAACACUUCCCUCUUAAAUGUAAAUUUACUGAACUUUUAUGUUAUAAAUAAUUGAAUAAUGAUAAUGACAACCCUGACAUUUUUUGGAGUAUAGGCUUCAAUUUGACAUCGCAGAGAUGAACCAGCCUUCGGCUGAAAAUCUUUUUAAUAAAGAAAGAAACAAAAUUGACAUCAUUUACAGGUAUCAAUACAGCCUAUAGUUUAUAAUAUUCAACAUUUGUAAAAAAG